CCUCCAGCAAGGAUGCUCUGUCACUACUCCAUCGUUUCCCUUCUUCUCGUAGUAGUUCGUGUUUCUGCUGAAUUCGGAGGGUGGUUGGGCAGUGCUUGCGAGAUUGACCAAGACUGCACGACCCAGAACAGCAGGUGCAACCAUGGCGUCUGCGCUUGCCUUCCCUACUACGCCACCUAUAACAAUACUCAGUGUAUUCAAUCAACACUUCUCGGCAUGCCCUGUAUGACAGCUGAGCAAUGUUGGCAAAAGGUUGCCAACAGUUCCUGUACAUCUGGUGUCUGCAGGUGUAACAAAGGAUUUCUACAAUUUAGAAGGCAUACCUGCUUACUUCCCGCGAGAGUUGGAGAGGUGUGCUACAGUAACAACCACUGCAAGAUGUGGGACCCCGAGUCCCAGUGCGACUUCCUCAUCCCGAAGCUGUUCGGCAGGUGCUCUUGCAGGGGUAGGGCGAAGGGCGACCGCUGCCUUCCCCAUCCCCACCAGAACCUCACUCCUCUCCGAGCAAAGCCCAAGCCUCAGAUAGGUCUUGUUUGGAGGAGAGGUGAAGAAGAAGGAGGACCUGUGUCCCUGGGUCUUCCGUGUACGUCAGAUCGGCAGUGCGCACGCGCCGAUCCCAAUUCCAGGUGUAGAGGAGGACUUUGCGACUGCGCGAUCACCAACUCAAGCUGCGGUGCAGCAGUGACUGGGUGCCAUAAGGGAACUUUUCAGUGCCGAGGGAGCGGAGAGUGCAUCAGCUGGUACCUGGUCUGCGACGGACGGUCGGACUGCAGCGACGGCUCGGACGAGGAGUGCAGGUCGGGCCACUGCCCGAGGGCGGCCUUCAGGUGUGCAAGAAGUAGGCCACACAUGUGCAUCUCCGCUGGCCUCCGGUGCAACGGGGUCCCGGACUGCCCCGCCGGAGAGGAUGAGGUCAACUGCAGGGACGUAGCCAACAGGGGAUGUCCGAGGGGAACGUUUAGGUGCAGAGACGGUACAUGCGUCGGAGGACACGAGUUCUGCAACGCCAUCUUGACCUGCCCGGACGGAAGCGACGAACCGGAAGGAGCUUGCACCGGAACUGGCCACAGCCACUACUGCCCUUUCAGGUGCGGCAACGGUCGGUGUAGGUCCACGGCCAUCCUCUGUUCCGGAAGGGACGGCUGCGGAGACGGAUCUGACGAGAAGAAAUGCAGAGUGUGCCGUUAG